GAAGUGACGAUCCUCCAAUUAUAGAUCCGCAAGAUCUACCUGGAUCUGAAAAUACGAAAAUCACUGCUCUCAUCACGGACAUUGCCGAAUUUCUUUUCAAGUUCUCUCGCAGAGUUUCGAGUUGGUUUCGUGUUUUUCAAGUGCGGUCAGUGAAUAUUAAGGGUGUUUUUUUUAAAGGGUGAGUUGAGAGGGAUUUUUGUUUUGUUUUGGGGUUUUGAAGAGGUAUUGGGGGUCGAAAAAAGGGUUGGACGAUCCCUUGUGGGGCGCAUGGCUCACCGCACUGGAACCGACGUCCUCAAUAUUAUCAGUGCUUUGUUUUUUCAUUUCCUGUCUUCCGUCCAGCGAUGAGAUCCAAGCCGGUUGCCAGGAGACUCGCACAGGGAAGCAGCGACGAAGGAGAAACCGCAACGGGAGGCGGAGCGGAUGCCGUUGGGGGCGGAAGCGAAAAGAUAGAAAUGGAGGAACUGAACUUUUCGCGAUCCUACAGUGGCAAUAGCAAUGGAACCAAUAAUCCCAUUUUCCGCGACCUUAAGCCCCUACAUGCAACCAGUGCGCACGACCUGUCUCAGGAUUAUCCUCCUGCCAGGUCCGCACAUCAGCAUGAUUUUUCCCCCGUAGCCCUCAUGGCGAAAUCCACUUACGAGAAGGAACGACCGCCCUCUUGUCAGGAUCAAGAAGAGGAAAGAAAGUCCUGGGACUACAGUGAUAAGAAUUUCGAAGCCAAGGACUAUGUUAGGCCACGUGAGGCCUAUCAAAAUGAAUACCCAGCUGUGAUAAAACAAGAAACACUGGAACAGAAAGAACCAACUAGUCGUGAUUGGAUAUCUCCUGUACCGGAAGUGGAAGUUGGAGGAUCUGGACCUGGUGGUCCUUUUGUUCGAGCACGAAAGGAAAUUCCCAGAGGGGCCAGAUUUGGGCCAUUUCGGGGCAAAUGGGCCAGUCAACCCUUCAAUCCUCGUUACGCGUGGGAGGUUCGAGUUCCAGGAAGUGGAGCAAGGGGAUGGUUUGAUGCCUCCCACGAAUCAAGUAAUUGGCUCAAGUACGUUCGAAGCACAGCUAGUCCACAUACAGUCAACAUGCGACAUGUUCUCAUCGGUGGAGAGGUCGUCUACGAGACAGUGCGAGAAGUAGCAGUCGGCGAAGAGUUACUGUUAGGACUUCGUGAACCUCUUCAACUCCCGGACUUGUUGGGAGAAAACACAACCGAGGACAGGAGCGAUCGAGAGACCGCUUCUCAACAUAGUGAAACCAUAGAUGAAGACAGAGAAGAAGAAGAGGGAGAUAUUAAAUGUACAGUUUGCGACAAACCGUUCCAGGACAUUGACGUCUUAGACAACCACCUUGUAACCUGUCAUCGAUAUCCAGCAGAGCAGCAUCGCUGUGAGAGUUGUCCAAGUGGCUACGCCUGGCGACCACUUCUCGUUCGUCAUCGUGCCAUCGUCCACGGCGACCUCAGAAAAUACCUCUGUGAAAAUUGUCCAAAGGUUGCAACUUCGCAGGUUUUUACUGAUCCAUCAAAUCUUCAGCGGCACAUCAGGUCUCAUCACGUCGGAGCCAGAAGCCACGCUUGCACCGAAUGUGGAAAGACCUUUGCGACAAGUUCAGGACUCAAACAACACACCCACAUCCACAGCAGCGUCAAACCUUUCCAGUGCGAGGUUUGCCUCAAAUCCUACACCCAAUUCUCGAAUCUAUGUCGCCACAAACGGAUGCACGCGGUUUGCCGCACUCCAAGUAAAUGUGUUAAGUGUGGCCAAUCCUUCAGCACUUCAACAUCCCUCUCGAAACACAAGAGAUUUUGCGAUUCAACGUCACCAGCCGGACCACCAGGAACGAUGCCUCAACUACCGACGUCAACAACUAGUCCGUUUUUGGUUUAUCCAAGAACUCCAGUUUCCCUACCUGGUGGACUUCCUUUCUACCCAACGAGUCUCAUGAGUCACUAUCAUGGAAUGUUUCCGAGUGCACCUAACUUCCUCAAUUCCCCUCUUCUCUUUCACCAGAAAGUCGAGGAAGAGAAGCGGAGUGAGAGUCCCAAAAGGGAACGAUUUACUCCACCUCGGGUUGUUCAACAGAGCAAAGUAUCUCCUUACACAGCUGAAGAAGCUACUUCAACUUUUAGACCAUCCCCAGCGAGACCUCCUGUUCACACUCCUGAACCCGAGGAGAGACAGGAGAGACUAGAUAUCUCUAAAAAUGAGAAGAAGGAACACAGAGAGUCUGAAAAACCUGAAGAGAGUGAUCAACCAUUAGAUCUUAGGGUACAGACCAGGAAAAGGGAGAGAACUACUUCUGACUCUAUAGUCUCUACAAAUAAGAUGGAACUCUCUCCUAUGUCUGUUGAAGAAUCACCCCCAGAGAAGACGAGAAAAAGGACCAAUUCUGACUCCACAGAUUCCACACCUAAAAUUAGAAUUUCCCCUCUUCCAAUUCCUGUUGAAGAACCACCACAUCAUCCACCACACAUGGCUUAUCCAAGACCAAUUCAUCCAAUGUUUCUAGAAGCGAUGUACCGUCAACCUGGAAGUUUCGCGGGGUUUUCAGGAGCUCCACCUCCAACCGGUCCCGGAGAAUCUCGACUCCUGCCGCCACUUCCUCCCUUUGGUCCUCCCCGUGGGCUUCCUUUUUUAGGGACACUGAUGAACGGUUUCAAUAGUAGACCAGGAACCUAUGAUCUACUCGCGCGACCCUCGAUAGGAGGUUAUCCCAGUGUCAAACCUUACCAAGAUGCUGUGAUGCCUCAUCAUCAUCAUAACCAUGGGAAGAUGAAGGACAGGUAUUCGUGUAAAUUCUGUGGAAAAGUAUUCCCGAGAUCUGCCAAUUUGACGCGACAUUUAAGAACACACACUGGUGAACAACCCUACAAAUGCAAAUACUGUGAAAGAUCCUUCAGCAUCUCCAGCAAUCUCCAAAGACAUGUCCGGAACAUUCAUGAUAAGCAGAGACCUUUCAAGUGUCCUCUCUGUGACCGUUGUUUUGGACAACAAACGAAUUUGGAUCGUCAUUUGAAGAAGCAUGAAGCUGAUGACGGAAGUGGUGUUGUUGUAGCUGACUCUCCAGGAAGUAGCAACGAGAACGAAAGGGAGGAUACCUAUUUUGACGAGAUUAGAUCUUUUAUGGGAAAGGUUACUUACGGAGGGGAAGGAUACGGUCUUCCUCAUCAUCCCUAUUUGCCAGGAAGACUGCAUGAGAUGCACGAUCCUAAGGGUGAUUUUGAUGACGAUGAGGACAGUGAGGGUGCAGUUUCGCCAAUUGAAGAAAGCGACGCUCUCUCUCCAAUUCCGAAAGAAUCUGCCUCGCCUCAGUUCGAUCUUAAGUUAAGAGACAAGCAAAAGCUGCUCAAUAACAACACGGCGGAGCCGGUGAUUGAGGUUUCCACGUAGCCAAGAGAUCAUCGUCUUCCGCGACGCUGAUUUUAGUUUGAGAUUAUCUGAUGCAGAUUCAAGUCUUUCCUGUUGUUUCAGGAAUCUUAGAAUCGAAUUGCAUCAAAGGUCGAUUGAUCGACGAAAGCGAAAAUCAAAUCUUGGAUCUUUACGUACUUAAGAAUUUGUAAAUUUUAGAUUACUAGUCGAUUUAUUUGUUUAAAGUGGAUUCAAUAAGUCCAACCUAAGACGUAAAACUAUUGCGCGAAAGCUUAUUCGAGAGUUAGUGUUUUAUAUCCCCAAGCAAUUCGAUACCUCGAUGUUUAAAGAAACUUUUUUAGGGUACAGGUCUGAAAAAACCCCUUUGGCGUUGAUCGUCUUGAGUGAGCACUCUGAUUUUUGAGUUUCUCCCUCGUUUUAGGAAAUACUCUAUUCCCCGAGAGAUAAUUUUUAGUUUCCAGUAAUGUUUUACUUCACAGAAAGAAUACUCCGGAUACGGGGCACUGGUUACCCCGAACUUGCGGAGAUCAGUCGCUCCGAAACGUGAGAGAUAUAUUUUUCUGAAUUGCGCAAGCGUCGCUUGUGCUGAACAGCUCGACUAUACUGUUUGGUUAAACGGUUCGAUCUGUUCAGGGUAAUGGUUCUCCCGAAUCAGUGGAGCUAUUCUACUAAAAAGAAGUGGCGCUCUUCACUAUGUGAUUGGCGCGAUAAUUUUACGCGUUGGGUGAGCGACUCUACCAAACUUCUCUCCGUGUAGUUAUUGCCGCACGGCGAAAAUUGGGGUAAACCCGUCGCGCUAGGUGUGAGAGAGUCGCUGCACUUCGGUUUGGUGAAGCGUUCGCUCCAGAUUCGGGGAA